CCAAUCUACGGCUCGGUGACGGUCGAAGGCGAGCCUCGUUAGCCGUGAACCGUUAGCGCUUCCGAUGUGACUAGUUUGGACUGCCGUAGCCCGCUGCUGCUGUGCCAAACGUGGACCCGUGACACGUUUCACUGGAUUGCCAUUUCCACAUCUGCAUCUGCUGCUUUUGACCCGCGCGCUAUUGAGUGUUAUGAGACGCCAUGAUCCGAACAGAGGAAGAUAAUCAUGCACCCCCAGUAGACAGCAUGGUAACCAGAAGGCACUCUGCUGAAAGGUGACCUCCAGACGCUUCAAAACAUUUGAAUAUGCCAGGACAUAACAAUGAGCUCCAACAGCACGGACCCUGGUCUCUUCCUGACUGCAAACACCUCACUAACAGCAGCCGGAGCCUACUCACAAUCCAAUGCUCUGGAAAGUGGAGGAGACCCCUCAGCAUCCGAAUAUGGGAAUGCAACUGCGGCCCUUGGUCCGUUUCGUGGCCACCCUUUGUGGCAGACUGUCCUCAUUGUCUUGCUGACAGGCAUGCUGUCCCUGGUUACCAUCAUCGGCAACAUCUUAGUGGUGGUGUCCUUCAAGGUGAAUCGCCAGCUAAAGACGGUCAAUAACUACUUCCUGCUGAGCUUGGCUGUCGCUGACCUCAUCAUCGGGGUCAUCUCCAUGAACCUAUACACAGCUUAUCUUGUGAUGGGCUACUGGGCCAUGGGCAACUGGGCCUGCGACAUGUGGCUAACUAUAGACUACGUGGCCAGCAAUGCAUCAGUUAUGAACCUACUGGUCAUCAGCUUUGACCGCUACUUUUCAAUUACCAGGCCUUUGACCUACCGUGCCAAGCGGACCACUAAGCGAGCUGGGAUCAUGAUCGGCCUCGCCUGGUUGGUUUCUUUUGUCCUGUGGGCCCCAGCCAUCCUAUUAUGGCAAUAUUUUGAGGGUAAAAGGACAGUGGCCGUGGGUGAAUGCCAAGUUCAGUUCCUCACAGAGCCCACUAUAACCUUCUGCACAGCCGUGGCGGCUUUCUACCUGCCUGUGACAAUAAUGAGUGUCCUCUACUGGCUCAUUUACAAGGAGACCCAGAAUCGUUCAAAGGAGUUAGCUGGGUUGCAGGGUUCGGGGAGUCGUGGUGGGAUCGGAGGAAGAGGUGGCAAUGGUAGAGGUGAGAAAUCGCGUUUUGCCCAUCAGACAGGAAGUUCUAGAAGUUGCAGCAGCUAUGAGCUGACCAGGUUGUCCAGGAGAAGAAGCACAUGUCGGGAACUGGUUGGCCGAUUCCACUGCUGGCCUGGGGUUCGUUCUUGGAGACCUGGUAGUACCCGACAGGCGGAGGGGGAUCCCGACCAGAGUAGCAGCGACAGCUGGAACAACAACGAUGCUGCCGUCUCGUUGGACCACUCCGGGUCUUCUGAGGAUGAGGACUGUGGGGGCAAAGAGAGGAUUUCCCAGAGUCAUGCUAUUUUCUCUAUUGUUCUCAGCCUACCUGGUUUAAAGGCUGCCAUCAACUCCCAACUCACCUCAUGUGAGGAUCUGGAUGCAGCCUCGGAGGAGGAUCCCCUCCGGGGAGCGGAGUAUAACCGAGACAGCCUCUCAACCGUCACCGCCAACACCACUGCCGCUGCUCCACCCGAUGAGGCAAACAGUUCAGAAAAUAGCUACCACCAACGCUUCUGCUCCCGAAAGAUGCAGUCAGUGCCUACCAUCCAGGCUACGUCUAGCCAAGGCUCAGAUGGUGCCCCGACAAUUCCGAGCACAGCCGGCGAUAUUACCACCUCCAGCACCACCACCAACACAAAAUCCCCCUCUGUCCCAAUGUCCUUCAAAGAUGCAGCUAUUGCAAAGCGUUUUGCAGCCCGAGCCCGAACUCAGAUCACUAAGAGGAAGCGAAUGUCCUUGGUGAAGGAGAAGAAGGCCGCUCAAACUCUCAGUGCAAUCCUCUUUGCAUUCAUCAUCACAUGGACACCGUACAACAUCAUGGUGCUGAUCAAUAUCUUCUGUAAAGUCCCGGAUACCCUGUGGGCGGUCGGGUACUGGCUGUGCUAUGUGAACAGCACGGUCAACCCCAUGUGUUACGCCCUGUGCAACAAAACCUUCCGUACAACCUUUAAGAUGAUCCUGCUGUGCCGCUGGGAUCAGAAAAAAAGGCGGAAGCAGCAGUUCGAGCAGAGGCAGUCGGUUGUAUUCCACAGGAGGGUUCCCAGGGAGUCCACGGAAAGGCCAGGCAGUUUAGAUGGUUAAUAACAGGGAAUCAAACGAUUUCACAUAGGAGCAAGGAACGGGAAGAAGCAGACAUCGAGUUGUUUCUGUGCAGUUGUUUUGCUUGGAGAUCCAAAAUGUGUUUCUCUGCUGGUAUGUCAAGCACCGCAACCCUAUGUGGUUUAUUGUGGUAUGUGUUGUGUCAGUGCAUCCAUUGAGCAAAGCUGUUUGUAUGCUAAAGGGUUGUUUGGUCGGGUACAGAGAUGAAAACUGUCCGACUGUCCUUGAAGAACACUUUACCAUUUCAGUGUGGGAAACAAUAGAAAAGGGCUUUAAAAUGCAUCAGAGGAGAAUAUUUAAAGUGCAAUUGACACAAGGGAAAAGGAUGUCCUUGUCACAGUGUUGGGGAUUUUUUUAAUCAUUUCUCUCUGUGUGUAGCUAGAUACAGAGUGAUUUUGCAUUUAAAACAAAACUAUGUUCCUGUAAUAAGUCACUGAAAGCCAAGACAAACACUAUUCUCCAUCACAAGCCUCUAGAUUGUACUGAUUUGACCUGUCGCCCUCUUGACAUGUGUUUUUAUCAGAAUUUCUGUACAUUGUCUUUCUACAUGGAUAUAGCGUUCCUGUGUCUGAUGGAAUAUAACAAAGUUCUUGAAUUGUGUCCUUCGGUAAAAAGAGAUCUUGUUAUUUUUGUGAUAUUCAUGUUUGGUUUUCUAGAUAUUCCUGAGAUUUUGAGCCAGUCUGAAAAUAUUUCUUCUGACAAACUGAGUUGUGAAUAUAUUGUGUGACACUACAGUCAGUGAACCGCUGUUGUGUUCAAUGUGAUUGUUGUGGUUAAUAUGGUGGAGACAAUAAGUACAUUGGUUGUGUUUUAUGUAUUUGCAGUUCUCUGUCAUGAGUAAUGAUGCAUUGAUGAUAUUCUGUUUGUGUACAUUUGGAUAUUUCUGACUUGAUACGCAAUGACUGAUUGCACACAGAGAAGUUGAUUUAUAAAGAUGUGUGGUUUGAUUUUACACUAUCUUUCAGAUUUCUAAAACAAUACAUCUAAAAAACACUUUGCACUUGUUCGCCCAUCUUUGAUAUAGUAGAGCGAUGGCGUCCUCUAGUGGCUUGAGUAAGACAAGUGCAGUAUCAACUUCCCAUUCUGCAAAUGUGAAGACAAAAAGGCUAUUUCUUUCCAUCAUAAUCGUGCAACAAUUAUUAAUACGGUAAGCCUGUUUUGUUUUAUGAAUUGGCUUAUCGUUUCAUACAUUUGAUUUUAUUUUUAAAUCCAAAAGAAAAUAUAUGUCCAAUUUACUGAGGAAUGGCCACUAUCAUUGAAGUUACAAUACUUUUACUUUCAUAACCUAAUUAUUCUUUGUUUGUUUUUUAUUUAUUUAUUCAUAUUAAUAAAACUUGCAGCAAUUGAUUUGUAAUUAGAAAUUAAAGUUGUCUUGACGUCAGGUUUUUUCAAGACAGUAAAGGGCCCAAUAACACACACCAACAAAAAUGUGUAUAAAGAUGCCAAUAAUGUAUCAUAAUUUGUUAGCAUUGCACAUUUUGUUUUUCUUAUUUUAAGCAGUUCUUUAUAUAUAUUUUUUUGCCACACCUACAUCUUGAAUCAUGUGUCAAAUAUAUUGAAGGCAAAGGAUAAACUGUAUGCUAACUGUCAUAUUGAAGAAUGGGUCUAUUGGAUUAUAUUGAUGCAAUGAGAUGACUUAUUGUUGUAUGCAAAAGAGAUGUUAAAAAAAUAUCCCAU